GCCACUUAAGCUCUCUUUUUUUUUUAUUACUACAGAUGGAUAUGGGAUUCUUGUUGUUUUCUAGUUGUUUCUCUCUCUUUAGCGAUGUGUCCACUUCAGUCGGUCUGCGCGUUUGUUUCAUGGGUUUGUUUGUUUGUUUGUCUUGAUACAGUAUGGGAAAUGGAAGGGAAGGGCAGGCAAGGAAAGGAAAAAGCGGAAGACGGAAAAGCAAAUGUCAUGGAAUGCGUUUGUUUUUUACUCUUAAUGGGAUACGGUAUUAGAUUAUACACUCUUAUCACAAUAACACCAAUAACACCAAUAACACCAAUAACGCCAAUAACAAGCUAACCAAUAUCUUUUGAGUUGACUAUCUCGAACUGACAUGACAUGACAUGUCUGCUCUGCGCACCGCGAGAGAUCAUUAUUGGAUAGCUAUCGAUAUGACAGGUUUAGAGUAGCGUUUGCCACCUACUGUGGGAAGAAGAUACU